AUGGAGCGCGGUUCAUCAUCACCCGAUGAUGAAGAACCCAAUGCUGCAUAUUCUCCUAGUAUUUUUUGGGAGGAGAUGGAACAUCUGCUUAAAGUCCCCGAUGUGACCGAUGAAACCCAGGUUAAUACUGCGUUGGUCAAAUACAUAAAACAUGGUUCCGAUAGUUAUCAAAAAUGUGUCAAGACCGAGCAAGGCCUUUACCGACUUGGAGUAACAUUCACUGAAUCGACGAUGUUUCACAGAAAUAAGAUGUUUGUGGUGAGCAAAUUGUUGUCGUUGCUCAGUGUGGAUCUUCUGGAGUGUAACCUGAAAUUUAUUAUAAGCUACAUCAUAUUGUGCGCUUCAAAAAGCGACCUUUCUGUAUUGGAAUUGUUGGUGGAAUUCCAGGGCUUUACUGUUGUUUACAAUAAUCUCUACAGCACCUUUGCGUAUUUGAAUCGAUAUGGCGAAGAUAUUGCUCCCAGCUCGAGCUCAGGCCCCAGGUCGGAUGCUGGAACUGAAAUUGAGUCUGAAAUCAUUGAGAGCCUAAAGCAAGUUUCCACAAUAUUAAUGGAUAUUCUCUUCCAAAUAUUCAAAUACUCAAAAUGCGACAUCGUCAAUCUAAGUAUUGUAGACGACUUCUUUGUCUACUACCUCAUGCGGACUAUGAGAUCGGAAACUACGGAAGAUAUAUUCAACAAUGCAAAAUUUAAGUUGUUGCUUGCAUUGAAUGAGCAGUACAUGAUAUUUUCUUACCAAUACGAAUUGGAAAAUCGUGUUUACAAAUACUUGGUUGACAGCACAGUUUCCAAGAGCUUUGUCGAGCUGUUACUUUUGAAAUUCAAUAGGGUUACCGAUAGAUCGCUCCAAAUUAUGCUGUGUAAGAUCGUUUACCUCAUUUUGACGAUGGAUGAGAGCUAUGCUAAAGACUUUUUCUAUCUGAACGAUCUUCACGUUUUAGUCGAUGUCUUGAUCCGGGAGCUCAACAACAUUGCUGACGACGAGGAGCUUAUUAGGAACACUGUGUUGAGAGUACUCUUUCCUUUGCUAAGAAACACAGAGCUUGCUCAAACGCAGUAUCGCAGAUCAGAUUUAAUUGACAUUCUACAGCAUCUGUCCUCUCUCGAUAACGUGUGUUCCUCGGGUGAGACAAAAGAUGAACAUAGAACAACGGUGAGAUUGGCUCAAAAAUGUUUGAAGCAAAUUGAUUGGUUGCAGGUCCCUGUUGUCGACACUUCCGACCAGACCGUGCCAGUAUAUAGUGACGAUUCUAGGGAAAUGAGCGUAAGUACAGGCUCAUUAUCUUCCCCUUACGACUUUCAGGAGAAGCACCUCUAUGGCAACUACGAUGCUUCAUUAUCGGCGGAGUCUAUUACGAAGCGAUUGCAGCCUCCUCCUCCUCCGCCAGCAAGAAAGCAUCCACACCGCCUCGGUAGUGGACAAAAAAUAGCACAAUUCAGGCCAAAAUCCUGA